AUGACUCCCCAUUGGCAGCAGCAAUUGCUCAAGUGCGAGAUGAUUCGUGCAUCAAGAUCUCCGCACCAUCGAGCUAGAGCAAGCGCCAUGGCCGCGCGUACAGUUCAGAAAGCUGCGAUCCCUAUCACAAAUCCCAACGCGAUCAAGCCUCCGGAGACGAAUGGUAUUGCCAAGGAUGGAGAUUCUUCUUUUACCUCUUCGCCUUCAGCCAAAUCCCAGGCGGCCUCGGAUUUGUCCCCCAUUACUGCGAGCGCCCUAGCGAACCAACCGUCUGCGACCGUACCGCCCGUAGCCGAGCUUCCUCGUCCAAUAGCUCCCAAACCCGGCAACACAUGGCAGUCACUGGACAUGGGAGGUGUGGGCAUCAAGAACAUCCCUCCAACGUCCGGGCUUUUCGCCUUCACAUUUCUUACCAACCUCUAUCUCAAUCACAACGCCCUCUCCGCCGUUCCCCCGCAGAUAGCGAAGCUCCGUCAUCUCGAACUCCUGGAUCUAUCUGGGAAUGGUCUCAUGAGCAUUCCCCCGGAGCUCGGGAUGUUGACCUCGCUCAAGGAGUUGUACCUAUUCGACAACCAUCUGCAGACUUUACCCCCGGAACUCGGCACGCUCCAUCAACUACAAACGCUUGGGAUUGAGGGGAACCCAUUGGAGCCAUCGUUGAAGCAGAUUGUGCAGAAGGACGGUACGCCCGCGCUUAUCUCGUACCUCCGCGAUUCGUGUCCCAUCCCCGCACCACCUCCCGACCGCGCGUGGAAACACUUUGUGGGCCAGGCGGAGCGAGAGGCCAUGGCCAAUGAUCCGACGGCGGAAACGUUCACGGUUCUGUGCUACAACAUCCUCUGCGAGCGGUGCGCGACGGAGCGGCUCUACGGGUACACGCCCUCGUGGGCGCUGCAGUGGGACUACCGGAAGGAGCUCAUUCUCACCGAGGUCCUCCAGCACAAUGCGGACUUCCUGUGCCUGCAGGAGGUGGACAAUGCUCAGUACGAGGAGUACUUCUCGAAGCAGCUCGCGGAGCACGGCUACGAGGGCGCCCACUGGCCGAAGUCGCGGUAUAAGAUGAUGAGCGAGAAUGAGCGGCGGAUGGUUGAUGGGAGUGCUAUAUUCUACAAGGCGUCGAAGUACUCGCUUGUGGAGAAGCACCUCAUCGAGUUCAGCACGGUGGCGAUGCAACGGCCGGACUUCAAGAAGACGGACGACAUGUUCAACCGCGUGCUCGGCAAGGACCAUAUCGCGGUCGUGUGUCUGCUCGAGAACAAGGAGACUGGGACGCGGCUCAUCGUCGCGAACACGCAUUUGCACUGGGACCCGGCGUUCAGCGACGUCAAACUCGUGCAGACCGCGUUGCUCAUCGAGGAGGUGGAGAAGAUCGCGCAGAACUUCGCGAGGUAUCCUCCGCGUCUUCCUCCCACCCCCUCGUCAGCCACGUCUUCGGCGACCAACCCUUCUAUAGGCGAGACCAACGGGUCAGCGCGCCCUCCACCAGUGUACACGGACGCGUACAAGAUCCCUAUCGUCGUCUGCGGCGACUUGAAUUCGAAUCCAACUAGCGGAGUGUACGAGUUCCUGUCGACGGGCUCCCUCCCUCCCGACCACGAGGACUUCCUGUCGCACACAUACGGCAAGUACACGACCGAGGGCCUGCGGCACCGUCUGGGCCUCAAGAGCGCGUAUGCGGGCAUCGGCGAGCUGUCGAUGACGAACUACACGCCGACGUUCAAGGGCACGCUCGACUACAUCUGGUACACGACGGCGAACCUCGCCGUGAAUUCGGUCCUUGGGGAGGUCGACCAGGGCUAUCUGGACAAGGUUGUCGGCUUCCCCAACGCCCACUUCCCGUCAGAUCACUUGUGUCUCGUCUCCGAGUUCCGCGUCCGUCCGCCUCGGGAAGCUCAGCCUGCUCGCCCACCGCCCGUCUUCCCAGAGUCGUCCUCGCGCGCGCACAAUUGA